AUGGAGAAAUAUGUGCUAUGUUAUCCGGAUUUCGCAAAAUUUGUGCCAAAAAAGGAUCAGGGUUUGGUGUGGAUGAUGCGAUCGUUAAGGUUCUGUGAGGUCAAUCAGAUAUUUGCCUAUAGUCGUUUCGCUCAUUCUUAUCAUCGUCAUUUUCAGACAAAGUUUCUCAAGUACGCCUACGCUCUGAUUUGUGACAAAGGCCGGCUAGUGGCUAAAGAAGAGCACUUCGAUUUGUACUUGUAUUCAUCUUUAUUCAAAGCACUCUACGAACGGGACAACAUGGAUCGAAUGUGGGUCGAAGAACAUCUCUUCAACUAUCCUGAACAAGUUUCUCCAACGAGUUUAUUACAGGCAAAUUUGUCAACGUGUCUCAGAUGUCUACUCAGACCUUUACAGUCGAUGCUAUGUGCCACAUGUUUCGAAACGUCAGCGAAAAAUCAGCGAGCGAUGUUCGGGGACAUCUACACCACUGCUGAAAUUUCCGUCAAUGUUUCAACGUUUUUCGCGUCACUGCGACAACUUUGCCGAGCAAUUUCCAACAUGGGCCUAGCGCUCUCCGAAGACGUUCUCUUCAUGAACUUACUCAGUUCAAGUAUGGUCUCAAACAUCCAUUCGGAUUCGGAGCUGCCCUCUUUGGUUCUUAAAACUCGCCUGGUGCUGCAGAAUUUCUCAGUGGCUGCAAUCAAACUCUGGAAACAAAUUGAGCAAGUCAGAAAGUAA